AUAGUUACUUGUUUAAAAUGCAUUGGAAUUGAUGGGUGUAAUUAAACAACUCGAUUUUUAACACGGCCGAACAUGUCCAAAACAAGACUAGAUCGGUUGGUCCACAGAUGUUGGCUCACUGUAAUAUUCCUACAUAUAACACUGCAACGUAUUAGCAAAUUAAGGAAAAUUCCAAAAAACUAAUCACAUUUCAAGACACAAGAAUUAUUAGAACGGUUAGAUAUGAUGCUGUAUAUACACUUAAACUAGAUCUAUGGAAAAUCUCAUUGAACAAAUUUGAAAUUGUUUUUCAGUUAAUUUGAGAAAAAAGACGGAUUAUAGAUUUUCAAUUGUACAUCAUUGCGUUGAUGCGCGACUUGAGAAAAACGAAACUGAUAAUGAACACAAGUAAAACAAAAUUAAAAUUAAUUAAAGGCACUUUUGCUUUCAACAAAGUUCAUUUUUUGAAAAAAAAAAAGUUCAUUUUUGGAGUAAAGUCCCCAGUGUUUUCACCAAAAAAAAAAAAAGUCCCCAGUGUCCCACGUACUACAUUUAACAAAACCCUAAGCGUCCUUCAAAUUACUAAUCGAUCUCAAAUUUACCACUUAAUUAUAUCUUACAUCAAUGGUACGAGCUUUAAUUUUUUUUUUAAUUGUAUAAGCUAUACUUUUAAUAAACCCUGGAAACACAGUGAUAAUUUUUUUUGACGAAACUGAAUAUGAGAAAUAUGCUAAAAGAAUUUAAAUUAUUGUUGACCACAAAUUCUCACACCAUCUCUCUUAUCUUCACAGUUUCAACUUUUCUUUCAGAUUAAAUUGAAUAUAUAAAUAUGUGAUUGUUCUUUUCAUUAUUUGUACUCAUAACCUACUUGAAUUAUUGGUCUCUUGAAUAGUUUUUAAGUUACAGUUCAACUGUACGGAUGUAAUUCUUGUGAUGUUCAAGAACUAUUAAAUAAUAAGAGAAAUGAAUUUUGAGGAGCAAGAAGAAGAAAUGGAGAUGUCGGGUGUUCAUCCCUCUGGCGGUUACGACUCUCUGAGCGGUGAGGGAGCCACGUCCAGCGGCGGUGGCGGAGGAGGAAGGAGAACUAGCGUUGGAGAGAAGACAAGGUAUAGAGAGUGCUUGAAGAAUCAUGCCGUUAACAUCGCUGGCCACGCCGUUGACGGCUGCUGCGAGUUCAUGCAUUCAGGUGAAGAUGGUUCGCUCGACGCUCUCAAGUGUGCAGCUUGUUGCUGCCACCGCAACUUCCACCGUAAGGAAACCGAAAUGAUCAGCGGCAGGGCCCACAUAGUUCCGACGUACUUCAACCGCCCGCCUCAGCUGCCGCCGCCAGGAUACAGGCAACCGGCUGCCUCGGCGGACGAGGAGGAUACAUCUAACCCGAGCAGCAGCGGCGGAACCAAGGCUAAGAGGUUUAGAACGAAGUUCACGGCGGAGCAGAAGGAGAAGAUGUUUGCAUUCGCGGAGAGGUUAGGGUGGCGGAUGCAGAAGCACGAUGACGUGGCGGUUGAGCAGUUCUGUGGAGAGACGGGUAUUAGGAGACAAGUGAUUAAAAUCUGGAUGCAUAACAACAAGAACUCUCUUGGUAAGAAACCCUAAUUAUUCUCCGACAUAUGGUUUAAGUACAAGAGGGAUCAUCAUUGCUUCUUUUCUUUUUGGUAAUGACUCUUUUGUAACUAGCUACUUGUACUUCUGGACAUGCUUUCUUCUUCUAGUUAAUAAUUUAAUCUAGUACUUUGGAAGGGUUUAAGACGAUUGUGAUUAACUACUCCAACUUUGGUUUGAAUGGUUAAGUUGAUAAAUCUACCUCCUAUAUUAUAUGA